AUGGAAAAAGAGCAGAUGAAGUUUAGGUUGAGUAAUAAAGAAGCAACUUUCAAUAUUUGUAGGUCCAUGAAGGAGAGUAGUGAGAUCCAAAUAGUAUCUACAAUCACCUAUGUAGUUGAGAGUGUCUCAGAAGUGCAGGUUGACGAGCGAUUAGGUGUUGAGGCACUAACAAGUAUUAUCAAGAAUUUUGACGGUGAUGGUAUUGAAGAGUAUGGUUUUUUGGUGGCCACAUUUGAACGAAACGAAUAUCGGUUAAAGCCAACAAAGUUAGAGUUAGGCAUGAAGCAUCGUGAGUCUCCAUCUGCGAGACCAUCUAUUGUGGAGGCACCAAAAUUAGAGAUUAAGGCUCUACUAAUGCAUUUGAUGUAUGUGUUUCUGGGUAAAGAUGACACUUCACCGGUGAUUAUUGCAGCAAAUCUAAAUGGGCAACAAGAGAAAUUCCACUUUAUGGUGAAAGUAGGUAUAGUGUUGGGAAAUCAAAUCAUAGAAAAGGGGAUAGAGGUUGAUUGGGCCAAAGUCGAGGUGAUAGAGAAGCUUCCACCACCCAUAUCUAUCAAGAGGGUGAGAAGUUUCCUUGGGUGUGCUGGUUUUUAUCGGAGGUUUGUCAAGGAUUUUUCAGAAAUUGCACACCCUUUGUGUAAACUUCUAGAGAAGGACUGUAAGUUCUAUUUCAAUAAAUCCUGUGUGUAUGCAUUUGGAGAGUUGAAAGAGAAGUUAGUUUCUGCUCCCAUCGUUAUUUCACCAAAUUGGGGUGAGCCAUUUGAGGUGAUGUGUGAUGCGAGCGGGUGGCACUUGGUGUGGUAUUGUGAUUGA